AUGCAUAACCAAUCGUUUACUUGCAUUGAUCGCGACUGCCACUGCGCUGUCCCAGCAGCUCGAAAUCCACAGUUUGACGACCACGUGGUUUUUCGCAAGAUGCAGUCUCCUCUGUUGAACGUGGAGAACCUGUUGGAUGAUCGUUUCGACGUCAUCGUGUUCGUGAAUGACAGCAUAACGGACGUGGGUGAACAUCAAUCCUCCAUAAAAGAGUGUUUGGUUUCAUUCUCGAAAGUUAAUCCCAAGGUCGCGGAAGAGCUAACGGUUGUUCCCUUUCCCGAACAUUCCUCGGGCCGCCUGCCACUGGAGGUGCGCGAAAUGCUUCCGGAGAAAUAUCCGAAGGUCACACAUAUCGGCCUCGUGAAUGGUGACGAUACUCUGCUUAAGGUUGCCUCUGCUAUCGAAGAAGGUCGAUGGAUUGCCCGUGACAUUGGUGGAUCGGACCCGGAGCGAAUGGCUGCUCCAGCAGUCGUCCAGUACCUACAGUCCGUGCUUAGCGGAGCCGAAGGUAUCACGAUGCAUGUGGAGAAAGUCGAUGGCAAGAAGUAUCCGUUGAUGGCUGCCGUUAAUCGUGCUGCUUCAGUUGUGUCCCGUCAUGAUGGUCGCGUCGUGCAUCUGAACUACGUACCACCAGAUUCGACGACAAUCGACACCACACUGUAUCUGAUCGGAAAAGGAAUCACUUACGACACCGGGGGUGCUGAUGUGAAGGCCGGUGGAGUAAUGGCCGGGAUGCAUCGAGACAAGUGCGGAGCCGCAGCGAUCGCGGGCUUUUUCAUGACACUCAGUCGUCUCCAACCACCGGCUCUGUCGGUUUCUGCAUCUCUGGCGUUUGUGCGAAACAGUAUUGGUCCAGAUAGCUAUGUUUCAGAUGAGAUUAUAGUCUCACGCGCAGGGAAGCGAGUUCGUAUCGGUAAUACGGAUGCGGAGGGUCGUAUGGUAAUGGCCGAUUUGUUAUGUGAGGCGAAAGAAAAGGCUUUGAAGGCGAAAAACCCUUUUCUGUUCACUAUAGCAACGCUAACGGGUCACGUGGUUCGUGCGUACAAACAUUUUACGGCUGUGAUGGACAAUGGCCCGGCUAGACUGAAGUGCGUUUCACAAGAGUUGCAAUCGGCAGGUGACCUCCUCUCUGACCUCGCUGAGAUUUCUACAGUUCGCAAAGAAGAUUAUGAGUUCAACAAAGGUCGGACAGAAUACGAAGAUAUUUUGCAGUGCAACAAUCUCCCAAGUAGCGCUACCGCCCGAGGACAUCAAGUCCCAGCCGCGUUUCUAGUGAUGGCUAGUGGAUUGGACAAGCAUGGAAUGGAUUCACUGAAACCCCUGCCGUAUACACAUGUUGAUGUUGCUGGCAGCGCUGCGGAAAUCCAUGUAUUACCCACCGCCGCACCUCUGAUGAUGUUUGCGAGCCGUUACAUCUUACCCCGUGUUGGAUUUCUGUAACAUACAGGAAGUGUUACAAUUCGGCUGAUUGUGAAUCGUUAUGUAUGCUCAUCCUCGGUGUUUUUAUCCCGUGGAUCUGACCUUUCAUGAUCAUCGUCUGUCAAUUAUGGUAUUUGAUCUCCAUCGCAUUUUUAAUAUCAUCCGGUUGGGGAGUGAUUGUGAGGUAAACCCACU